AGAUCCUUUCUCGAUGGGGCCGAGCCUGUUCAAUGGAGCGCAUGCGCACAACUCCGAAGGCGAGAUGGGCGGGGCUUGCUUCAAAGGAAGCGAGAGCGGUGGAAGUUCCCGGGUGACGUCGGUGGGCGGGGCGAGGGAAGGCGCGUGUCUGUCUCUGGGCUCAGAAGCAGAGUCCUCGCUCGGCGGGAAUCGGAGAUGAGUGACUGCCCUAUAACGCCUUCAAUGUGUGUGCGUUGCCUUGGCUACGGCAUGAUGAGGCAACUGGCUGAUUUUAUUGAUCCGCAGGAUGGAUGGAAAAAAUUAGCAGCAGAUAUAAAAGAUCCCUCUGGCGCAAACAUAUACAGCCAAUUGCACAUAAGGCGUUUCGAAGCAUUAAAACAAGUAGGAAAGAGCCCCACUUGUGAAUUGCUUUUUGACUGGGGGACACAAAAUUGCACUGUUAGUGAUCUAGUAGACUUGCUAAUCAGGAAUCACUUCUUCGCACCAGCCAAACUUUUGCUUCCAGAUUCCAUGAGGACAACAGACACUACAGUGCCCUUAUCUUUACAAGAAACUACGUGUUUGAAUGAAAAAGAAAAUCAAGUGACACCUGUAUUGCCUCUCUUGGUUCCAGAUAAAGGGAGCCUAACUUCAGUUUCUUGCAGCCCAAGUACAAAAGAGAGUUGCUUGCCUCUUAAUGAUUCAGUAUUGCAGAGCUUUUCAUUUGAUAAACUGAAAAGUCUUACAAAUAACUUUGAUGAUCGAACUGUGUCGGCUGGUGGCAACAAGAUUGGCGAAGGAGGUUUUGGAGUGGUGUACAAAGGAUGCAUUAAUGGCAGAACAGUGGCAGUGAAAAAACUUACUUCUGUAGGUUUCCUGUUAGUGACCGAUGUAAGUAUCGAAGACCUGAAAAAGCAGUUCGAACAAGAAAUCAGCAUUAUGGCAGAAUGUCAGCACGAGAACCUAGUAGAAUUGCUUGGAUUCUCAAAUGACUCUGAUCAGCCUUGCCUGGUUUAUGAUUAUAUGCCUAAUGGCUCAUUGCUUGACAGACUAGCUUGCCUGGAUAACACGGCACCAAUUCCUUGGAAAACAAGAUGUAAGAUUGCUUAUGGGGCAUCCAAUGGAAUCUGUUUUUUACAUGAAAAUAACCACAUUCACCGGGAUGUUAAAAGUGCAAAUAUCUUACUUACUGAGAACUUUGUGGCGAAACUGUCUGACUUCGGACUUGCAAGGGCUUCAGUAAGGUUGACGCACACUAUCCUAACAGACAGAAUAGUGGGAACAGCAGCCUACAUGGCCCCAGAAGCUUUGCGUGGGGAGAUAACCCCGAAAUCUGAUAUCUUCAGCUUUGGUGUGGUGUUACUUGAAAUAAUAACUGGACUUACUCCUGUGGACGAAAACCGGGACCCCCAAUUAUUGCUGUCUAUCAAAGAGGAAAUUGAAGAUGAAGAAAAGACGAUUCAGGAUUAUGUUGAUGAAAAGAUGAGCAGCUGGAAUAUUGCAUCCAUUGAACAGAUGUAUUCAGUUGCAUGCCAGUGUCUGCACGAAAAAAAGAACAGGAGACCAGAUAGUAAGACGGUCAGACAACACUUGCAAGACCUGCUGGCUGAGUAAGGUCUCUCCUGUGCUGUGACUUAAAAGCAAGUCCAUUGACGUACUGAGGCCUUGUGACCACCCUGUUCCCUAAGGUGUAAAAAACUAGACUCAACACAGGAUAUUGGUUUGGGAUCAAAUAAGGCCACAACUUUAUUGGUUACAGAUGUGAGUUUUGUCCAUAGGCAUUGGGAUAAGCAACUGCACGUCACUCCCACCCGCUGGGAGUGUUUCUAAGGGUGAAGCCGGGGAUGCCCUAAGACCUACGUCAAAUUGGGUGUCCCCCAAGUGGUUCUCAUUGGAGGAGUGGUAUGACCCUCACCCCAGCCUGGGCAUUGGGCAGGAGCCACUCUUCCUGGAUCCUUUUAACAGGAUACGCUUACCUGUGGAGGGGUAGGCAGAGGCUACAGCCUCCCCUCCAACCAAUACUAGGUUUACCCAAUGCCUAUCCGCCUUACGAAUUUGUGAUGCUUCCUAGGAGGUAGGCGAAAACCCAAAUGGUGAGGCCAGUUAGCUAAGUGCGGGAAAUUCCUGCCCGGCCCUUGAAAAUUAGGCCACCGAUAUUGUCCAUAGCAAGGUUGAACCAUCCCUGAAAAACCCUAAUCUUGAGGGAGGGAGGGUGGGUGGAAGGACCGGCGCGGCAAGAGAAAGGCUGAAAGGCCCCACCAGCCAGACGUUUAAACUUCCCCUGGGCGCAGCACAAAGGGCCACGAUUGGUUGGUUGGUCCCAUGCCCAGGGGAACGCCCAUUAACACUUACCGCCAUUGGUCCAUUUGGCAGGGAUGCAAUCUGGCCUGCGAUAGGCCGGUUUUCCAGGGCCUGCCUGCAAAGCCGCCGACCUGAUAAGGGGGCAAAUGGACUUAGAUGCUAAUUUUACAUUUGUAUUCCUGUGCCGUUGCUUACAAUUUCAUAGACUUCUUUAAAAAGGGAAUAUUGUUUUGAGGCCCGGUUACUUUGUCAUGGAUCUUGGACUGUACAAGAGGGACACCUUUUUGACAACCUUAUGUGUAUGCUGUUGUCCUUGCAAACUUAUCGCCCUCAAUUCUGCCUGCCUGCAGCUUGGAGAACACCACUGUAGGUUUGGCUCCUUCUCACUCAGUGGCCAUACCCCAUAGCAGAAAUCCAGGAGUCGAUACAUUCCUUAAGCAUCUCUGCUACAAAUCUGAAAUGUUUCUGUAUGAGCAGCUUUCUGAUCCACCUUGUUCUAAGCUCGUGUGUGACAUUCCAAUAACAAGAAGGUGCAAGAGCUGCACUAUUGCAUGCAAAUCCACACUAGCAGUUUAUGGUUUCCUGUUGGCAUCUAUUUGACUAAACUGCUUAAGAAAGUUGUCUGCAGCCGACUUGACAAUCUUGAUUAUCCCCCCCCCCCCCCAUCUUGAAAACUAUAGCUGCUGGAGCCCAUCUUCCGGACUUGCCAGUGUGCCUAAUCAAAAGUAAAUGGAAUCAAAGAGGAAUUGGGUAUACUUGCUGCUUCUGUAAUUGAUUUCUGAAAUAAUAGCUUAACACAUGCAAACAACUAAUAAUAAAAAUGAACAGCUGGGAUGGUCAAACAGCUCAAUGCUGGGAUGGUACUGUAGCUUCCCUGUCCCCACUUUCAAACUAUAUAAAAACAAUUGCUGAUGGUUUUAAUUGGGCAACUUAUUCCGAUUUGUGCCAGAUGCAGAAACGAGGCCAUUUUUAGCAGUUCUACCAAUGGUAAUUGCAGUCUGACUUUAAAAGGGAGCAAAGCAAACUUGGUGAGAUGAAACAGAAUAAGCAAAAGCUGCCUGUAGCGCGGGCAAGUAGAUCUCUAAGCUGUUCUCCUGUGGAAAAAAGCAGCAGCUAAUGAGGCUGCCGUUCGCAUAGCUCAAGCCAUAUAAAAGCAAGUGAAACAGGGGUGCCUAGAGCAACAGUUUAGCGAGAGCUAGGACUGCAUGGUCCAACACACUCAGCAUCCUGUGCCAGGUGAAAAAUCCAUUUUGUAAGCUGCAUAAAUGUGCUUGAGCCUUUGCCAACCUUGCUAAGUGGAGGAAAUGGCAAUGAUACAUGUCUGCUAUGAACAAUCCAGAUAUGUAUAUACCUGUGCUUCUGAUUCGGGGAUUUUUACCAGGCUUGCAAGCGUGCAGGCUAUACCAAAUUCAUGGUCUAAAAGAUGUUUUUGAAAAGGCUAUGCUAAUAUUCAGGAAGUGCUAAGCUCCUUGCCAAAUUACGUGCUCCAGCUGUGGCCUAAAUGGCUCUGUUGGCUCAUGAAGCCAAAGCCAAUCUUUUUCAAGAAGUAUAUUUCGCAGUUCUCAUGGGAACCAUGAAACUCUGAACCUGUUCCGCCAUUGUAUUUUUGCCAGCAUAAAGCCACAUAGGCAUACAAAGAUAACCGCAGAGUAUGUGAAUUGCCCUCUUUUUCUUCUUCUUCUUCUUCUUUGCACCAUUGUGCCUUCUGAAGAGUGCUAGAGAAUCAAUCCUACUUAUGAUGGCACAUCAACUUGGACUAUCAAACAACCAUUUUGUGCUGUCAAACAACUCUGCUACCCUUUUCUAAGAUGGAAGACACCAAAUACGCCAUGGACAUUGUAUUUUCCUUUUCAGUUCCUGUAUUUUCUUUUUCAGUUCUUGUUUCUACUUAAUGCAUAUGAUGACUUUGAGAUACAGUAUAUUCAUGAGACAAUGACUCAAGAGCCUUUAUAAAUUCAAAGUAGGUGAUGAAAGAAUUCAUUUAUUCAGCCAGAAGAUAACAUCUAAAAGAUGAACAUAAGUACCUAUAAUCAAAAUCAGUUUAUUCAGUACAUUAGUCUAACUGCAUAUAUCUUUUUCAAAGCAAGUUUUUUUCAUAAAUUAUUUUGCUAAAUUUUUCUAAUAUAUUCACUGCCCAUCUCCUAGUAUGUUAAUAUUUAAUUAACAGACACUCAGGGUUGAUCAGUGUAGAAUAAAUUUCAUCCCUGGCAUGCUUUCCUAGUAGAUUUUAUUUUGGUCUGGCGACUCAUUGAUUAUAGCAUGAUGGUGUGUCUGCCUAUAACCCCACUUCUGAAGAUACAUCAGGUGAGAAAUUACAGGGCAGAAACUCAACAUUGCAGUGGGUGAAAUGAUGCACUUCUCGUGCCUUUGUAAAUACAUGCAGGCAGUGGAGAACAGCACAGAGAAGAGCAGAAACCUCAUAAACAGAACUGCAAGACCUCAAGGAACGACACUCUCCAUAUGAACCUACCUGGACCCUGAGAUCAUCUUCCGAGGCCCUUCUUCAUGUGCCUCCUUCACAAGAGGUCCAGAGGGUGGCAACACAAGAACUGGCCUUCUCUGCAGUGGCUUCCUGUUUGUGGAAUGCUCUCCCCAAGGAGGUUUGCCUGUUGCCUUCGUUAUACACCUUUAGAUGCCAGGCAGAAACAUUCCUUUUUAUCCAGGUCUUUGGCCAACUAACAUCCUCUAUCCUUUUAAAUGUGCUUGGGGGAGGGAAGAUUGGGGAGUUAUUGUUUUGGUUUUUUUCUUGUUUUUGUUGUGUAUUUUUGUCUUGUAUUUCUGUGCUGUGCACUGCCCUGGGAUCUACAGAUGAAGGGUGGUAUACAAGUUUAAUAAAUGAUGAUAAUGUAUUUGGGGCCAGA